CACUUCCGAUCCCCCCCUCCGUCGAUCCCGCUCUCGCACGUGCGCCUCCUCCUCCCUCCUCCCCUUCCGAACCAGGACAGGACAGCAGAUCCCACCAACCUCGCCAUCUUCCUCACAGUAUUUGUAGCCGGCUAGCCGCGCCGUCGCCCACUACUCCCCGAUCCCACCACCAACCCCCACCACUUCGUGGUCCACGUGAUGGAGUCCGCCCUCGUCUCGCGAUCCGUCGGGUCCUCCUUCGCCGCCGGCGCCGCUGCCCCCAGGGGUUGUUUGCCCCGGCCCUCGCGCGUCGCCACCCUCUCCCGCGCCCGCGCCCGCCCGCUCCGCGCCGGCCCCAAGGACUCAAUUCUUGAGGUGCUGGCACAGGACGAUAUGCUGAACGCGGCGGAGCUGGUCCAGUGGGAGAACGGCAAGUCGGUCAACAGCAUUGCAGCUAGCCAGGGGAUCCGCAUCCGCAGGCACUGCCGCCCCACUGCCUCCUUGAAGGAGAUAGAGGAGGAGCUGGGGGCACCUCACAACGUCCUAGAGAAGAUCAUCUGGGACAAGGAGAUUGAAGUGGCUGAGGGGCUUGCGAAGAAGCCUCUGAAGGAGGUGAUGGAGGCUGCAGCGAAGGCCCCUCCUUCAAGAGACUUCUAUGGCGCUUUAGAAGCUGCCUAUAAGCGUAAUGGGGUGCCUGCACUGAUUGCUGAGGUCAAGAAAGCAUCCCCGAGCAGGGGUGUGCUCAGGGAGAACUUUAAUCCUGUUGAAAUUGCUAAAUCUUAUGAGAAGAAUGGGGCUGCAUGUUUGAGCAUCUUGACUGAUGAGAAGUACUUUCAGGGGAGCUUUGAGAAUCUUGAGAAAGUGCGCGCCUCAGGAGUGAAGUGCCCUCUUCUCUGCAAAGAAUUUGUCAUCGAUAAGUGGCAAAUCUAUAACGCUCGAUCAAAGGGCGCAGAUGCAGUCUUGCUAAUUGCUGCUGUGCUACCUGAUCUCGACAUAAAGUACUUUCUUCGGAUAUGCAAAGAGUUGGGAAUGACAGCUCUUAUUGAGGUUCAUGAUGAAAGAGAGAUGGAGCGUGUGCUGAAUAUAAAUGGAGUUAAGCUUAUCGGCAUCAAUAAUCGCAGCCUUGAGACAUUUGUUGUUGAUACCGCAAACACCAAGAUGUUGCUCGAGAAGCAUGGGGAUAGCAUCAGGGAGAAGGGAAUUUUGGUUGUCGGUGAAUCUGGGCUGUUUACCCCGGAUGAUGUUGCUUAUGUGCAGAAUGCUGGUGUUUCUGCUGUUUUGGUUGGAGAAUCCCUGGUGAAGCAAGAGGACCCUGGACGAGCCAUCGCUGGGCUGUUUGGGAAAGAACUGGUGCAUUGAAAGGACAAAGAUAGUCUCCGUAGCUGUUAGCCAUAGCCUGCUUUGAAAUAAUAACAUGUGAGCAUUAGUUGUAUUAAUAAAUUCGUGUGUCGCCAUAUGCAAAAUAAAAAUAAUGUUCACUUGUAAGUUUCAUAUGAUGUUAUGUUUUCUGGGACGAGAGAGAAAAUUUUGGUGAUUUCUUAGUAUGGAAAACCAAAUGAGAAAAAUGAAAUUGGAUAUUGAUACUUUUGUAUGUCAA